CUCGAGGGGCCUACUGCGGGUGCCUUGGGCCGGCCGCGUGGCGGCCGGGGCGCACGCGUGCACGCGCGCAUGCCCCGCCGCGGCGCCCCGCGCCGCCGACCCCCGCGUUGGCGGGCUCGAGGACGACGACGAAGACAAAGUCGGGGGGGCAAACAGAGGACCUUCCUGGUGCGGGCUCUCGCGCUGGCCGUUAUGCUGCGUUCGCGAGACCGUGCCGACGCGUCCAGCGGCGGCGCUCUGUUGAUGGACGGGCUUCACGUGGCGCACAGGAGCGUCUACAGCGGCAAGUAUUUGGCAUCCACUGGCGUCGUGAGUUGGCCGUGCAAGUACACCUACACCUACUACAACGCCACGGACGCGUAUAGCCUGGAGUUCUUCCGCCCCACGACUGGGGUGUUCAACGUGGUGCAGGCAGGCUGCCUUUUUGCGCACCAGCGGCCAGCGGACAACGGGUACGACACCGCCUCCUGGGACGUGAGGUCGCCAGACUCAGGGUCUUCCCCAGGUGGCGGGCUAUGCACAGAUCCCGACGACAACGGUCUCUGGGAGGUCCUCUUCGUGGAGACGGCCGGCGUGCCGUACCUCGUCAGGCUGCGGAGCCUGCAGUUCGGCUUGUGCAUCGUCUCCCCGCAGGAGACGGGCCAGAACCAGCUGGUCGAGCUGGGAUCCUGCACCAGCGACCGGGGCCUGUGGGAGGUCACGCCCUGCCAUUGCGCCUCGGAGAAGGACAACUGUCUGGGCCGCCACCCCGAUGCGCCCGCGCUGCACACCGCCGCGGGUGCGCUCGCGAGCCCCGCGGAGCAGGCGUGCUGCCUCCCAGAGUGCGCGGAGAGCACCACGACGACGACCUCCACGACGAGCACAACGGUCACCGCGACGACCGAGGCCCCCCUGGUGAGCGAGGACGACCUCGUCACCGGUGCCGUCGCUGGGGGGGUGGCGAUCGGCCUCCUGUGCCUCUGCGGCGCCUUCUGGCUCGCCUGCCACCGCUUCCCCGACGCGGUCGACAGGCGCGGCGCUCAGGGAAGGGUGCGCCUGGCCCCCGCCCCCUCCUGCCCCCCCUCCCCUGGGCCUUCGGGGGGGGGGCCUCCUCGUCGCCGCGGCCGGAUCUACCUCGAGAUCCUGGCCCGGGGGCGCCCCUCGGAGGGGCCCGGGGAUGGCUUCCGAGGGCCUUGCGCGGCGUGCCCCGCCCUCGAGGACUCGGAGUGGCUGGCCUCUGGCCCUCGGCGGGUGCUCGGGGACGGCCCCGCCUGGCGGAAGUAAGCAGGGCGGCGUCGUCGGCGGAGGCCCGGCGGAGGCAAGAGUGCGGCUCCCGAGCAGAGCGAAGGCCAGGGCGCACAGGGGUUCCCGAGCCAGCCAGGUUUGUCCCAGACGCCAUCGCCAGCAGCCCCAGAUUCAGGCACUACAGGACCUUCACCGGCUCGCUGUCUCCAUUCGGAGCGGGGCGAGGUAAGUGCAUGGGGGCGGUCGCACCAGAUGGGGAGGCCAGUUGUGACCUUGUGGAUGUGCGGCCCCAGCCCGACGCCCUGCAGAGCACCGCGUGGGCCACCCCGGUGGCCCCGCCGGCGACCAAGGCGGCUUGCCCGCCGAGGCUGGGCCGGGCAGCGGCGCUGGAGAUGGCGGAUGCAUUCGUGGUCGAGUUCAGUGCCCUCAGCUUCCAGCAGGCUCUGAGGGAGGCCUGCCAGGAGGCUCACGGCGACUUGAGGAGGGAGGUUCGGCAGAGGCGAUCUCUUUGCGACCCCAUCCGGUUUCGAGUGAUCUCGAAGUACGGCUUCCCGCCCGAUCCGGUGGGAGUAUGCCAGUGCUCGGCAGCCUUCGCCGAGCUGCUGCCGGACGACAAGGAGCUGCAGGAGCUGAACUGGAAACUCUCCGCGCUUUUGCAGACACGACCGCAGGACUGGGAUACUCAGUUCGCGCCUUUGUGCUCUGACAUGACGCUGGACUGCGAACCACCAGCGCCACCAAAUUUGAGUCCGCUUCGGCCAAUAGUUGACCCCGUUGGAUGGGAGAGACCUGGUGCAGUUACCAACGUAGUCAGAUAGUUUCGCAGCCUCGCGCGCGAUGUUUUUCAUGCAGAUUUCACAUUGCGCAGCGCGUUUCGUAUAGAAUAUACGGUUGGCCGUUCAGUUUUCUCGGCGUUGUUUGUUUACAUGCCUCGGGCCGACAGCUACCUCGGCGCCCGAUUGUCAUCCCAGUAGUUCUCUGCGUUUGAGCAGUGGUUAGUCUAAUGAUUUAGACUCUGCGUUUGAGCAAGAGGGAUAUAUAACACACGUGUAUGUUUACGAUUCUAGCCACGGCCUUGGCGCACCGCUGCCGUUGUCAAGAAAUCGUUCAAGUUGCGAGUUCAAUCAAAGUACAAA